AUGUUGAAUUGGGAAAUUGAAUUAAACAAACAUAAAAGAGGACAAAAGGCCAGUUUAUUCAAAGCCUGUUUCCGUACGUUCGGACCACGAUAUCAUUGCGUUAUAAGACUGGCAAUACCCGUAGCAUUAGGUCUAUUGGUUCACUAUCUGAGUGAAUGGCAACUAUUGGUAGAGAAAGGAUUAGUGGACAAAAAUGCUCCGUUUGACUGGAACUCGUACAGGGCUUACAUCUAUUACUGUUCGGCAGUCAUAUGUGUUGUGCAAUGCAUUAACGUCUAUGUGGCGCACCCCUACUUCUUCGAGUGCUACCGCAUGGGAAUGGAGUUACGAGUGGCCAAUACUAACCUCAUAUACAAUAAGGCACUCAAAUUGUCAAACAGUGCGAUGAGAAAUACUACUGUGGGAACGAUUGUUAACUUAUUGUCCAAUGAUGUCAAUAGAUUUGAUAUAAGUCUGGUUUACGCCCACUAUCUGGUUGUGGGACCCCUUCAGAUGGUGGUCAUUAUUGGUCUCCUGUGGUGGCAAAUCGGUGUGUCGUGUUUGGCCGGCAUUGCGGUAAUGGUAUUGUAUAUACCGUUUCAGGGAAUUAUGGGUCACUUGUUCUCCAAAAUUAGGAUCAGUUCAUCAAUUUUGACGGACGAUAGGCUACGGCUAAUGAACGAAAUAAUACCCGCAAUGAGAGUCAUCAAAAUGUAUGUCUGGGAGAAACCCUUUGGAAAGUUAGUCCAAAUGGCAAGAGUGCGUGAAAUCAAAGCCAUUCAUAAGGCUAUGGUCUUGAGAUCAAUCAAUUUGUCCAUUUUUUUCAUAUCUUCCAAAUUGAUUACAUUCUUGUGUCUCAUUGUAUUCAUCCUAACCGAUGGCAAACUCACCGCACAGAAUGUCUUCGUCAGCCUUUCACUCAUCAAUCAAUUGCGAGAUGUGAUGACACUCUUCUUCCCGUACGCGCUCUCAUUGGGCGCCGAAUCACUCAUUUCUCUCCAAAGAAUUCAAGAAUUUUUGUUAUCGGAAGAAUAUGUGCCAAAUCAGAAACAAAUUGAAGCCAAUCCAAAUGCAGGCAAUGGUGUGUCUGAGAAAACAAAAACAAUUGACACUUCCGUUGACGACAUCGACGAAGAGUCCAAAUGUAAAAUAUCUGUGCAAAACAUUAGCGCCGAACACACGUCCAAAGACGGAGCCGUAACCCAUAUAUUGAAUAACAUCUCGUUUGACGUAAAUCCCGGAAAAUUGACUGUAAUUAUCGGUUCUGUCGGUUCGGGAAAGACGGCUGUAUUGAUGGCAAUACUCAAAGAGCUAAAGAUAAAAUCGGGUUCAGUGUCUGUGUCGGGAAAGUUGGGUUACGCGAGUCAGGAGUCAUGGAUUUUUGGCGGAACUGUUAAGGAAAACAUAUUAUUUGGCCAAAAGUUUGACGAACGGAAGUACACGCGUGUCGUACACGUGGCCGCACUCGACGAGGAUCUCAAACAACUGCCUGCAGGCGACCAAACAGUGGUCGGCGAUCGGGGCGUCACUCUUAGCGGCGGUCAGAGGGCGCGCGUAAGUCUCGCCCGAACUCUCUAUAGUAAUCCCGACUGUUAUCUGUUGGACGACCCGUUGUCUGCUGUGGACUCGGCUGUGGCUAAACAUAUAUUUGAAAAAUGCAUUAAAGGAUAUUUGUCGAGCAAUUGUGUCAUUUUGGUCACACAUCAGUUGCAGUUCAUUAAAGCUGCCGAUCAGAUAGUGGUGUUGAAUGAGGGCAAGUGUAUAGCACAGGGAGACUACACUCAACUACUCAAAGAA